AUGCUGUUCUUCACCCGCCGCCUUCUCGCGGAGGUGACGACGAUCAACAGCAGCACCGCCUCUGCCAGCGGCCGUCUCAUUCGCAUUCGCAAAAAGUCCAAGUGGAUUGAUCGCCGCAGCAAACGCAUUCCCCACAACGGCAAGGACGUGUGGCUCUUUGGCGAGCAGCCGAGCUGCGCCCUCUGCCACGUCCGCUUCCGCUACAAACAGGACUACGAGGCCCAUAAGGAGAGUGAACUCCACCAGAACCGGCAGCGGUGGGUGGAGACCACGCGGUGGUGGCGCGACGUCGGCGAGCCGCAGUGGCAGCAGAACGCCGCCGCCGAGUGGAGGGCAUUUCAACAGAAACAAAUCGCCGAGCCGCCCAGCGGCGGGCCGUGGCGGCGGGCAGUCAUGCACGAAACCCCAAACUGGCACACACCACUGCAGCCGCCAAACGCGCGCGCGGAGAUUCGAGAGCCGCGGGAUCAGCGAUGGCCGGCAUCGCCAAAGUGGUAA